AUGCAAACAACGCGGGACCGUCGUCCCGCGCACGGCGCAAUGCUUACGUUUCAGCAGCAGCAGCAGCAGCAGCAGCAGCAACAGCAACACCAGCAGCAGCAGCAGGCAAAUAAAGCGUCACAGCUCAUUCACAAGCUUCACCAGCCCAACGCUCUCGAGUCGCGCCAGCAGCAGAAGAUCCUUAAUCUCCAGCACAAGUUAGCCGCCGCUCCCGCCGCUCCCAGCGCCGCCGGCCCCGUUAGUCCCGUUGGUAACCACCCGUUCGUCCCGCCGAAUGCUACGCAGCCCCGGCGCCCCACGACGCCGACAAUGGGCAGCGCGAUAGGCGGCGCAAUGGGCGCCGCGGUCGGCGGCGCCAUGGGCGGCGUGUCGCACCUUUCCAACUGGCUGAACGAGCUCCCCGCGAAAGCCGCGCGCCAGGUCGGAGGAGAGCAACGGGGGAGACCGGCGGCGGGGGUUGGCGGAGCGGAGAAAGGCGGCGGGGUUGCGCGGAGCAGGUCGAAAUCCCCGCUGAUGGGUCGCGCUAUUUCUCGCGAUGGCGGUGGCGGAAGCGCCGUUGAGCGGAGCCGCUCCAAGUCCCCCAUUCGCUUCCGCGGGGCCUCUGUUCCUGAUGCUCCUGGCGGAGGUUUCCCCCGCGCGGAUUCCGCUCACACGGGGGUGGGGAACAUGCGCGGAGGGCCACAGCCGUCGCUGCAGCGAAUGCGCACGCCUGAGGCGGAACGGCCUGGCGGACCUGCUAAUCAGGCUCGGCAUGUCCGGGUGAGCGGCUCGGGUUCUGGAGGUUCGGGAUCCGGAGGGUCGGAAUCUGCAGGCUCGGGAUCUGGAAGGUCGGGAACGCGAGUGCCCGCGCAAGCCGUGCGCAGUGGAUCGGGAGAAGGGGAAGAGCGGCGGGUGGCGCGGGACGGCAGCGGGCGGAGCUCUGCGGGCGGCAGCACUAGGGAAGGCGGCAGCGGUAGGGAGGGCGGCAGCGGUAGGGAGGGCGGCAGCGGUAGGGAGGGCGGCAGCGGACGGCAUGCCGCUGGCGGUGGCCGGCAGGGUGGUGUCAGCGGCCGGUCGCAUGGGGGCAGUGGCCUUCAAGAAGGUGGCAGUGGCCGGCAGGUGAACGCUCGCGGGCGGCAGGAAGUGGGAUACGGGCGGCAGGACGAGCAUAGCACGGAGAGGGGCCAUAAUCAUGCGCGGGAGAGGAGGGAGAAUGGGCGGGGAAGUGGGAGUGAUGGCAGCAGUGAUGGGAAUUGGGACUUUGUAGAGCAGAUUGAGGAGCCCUGUAGCGGGGAUGGAUGGAGGAAGAGAGGAGACGGCGUGGGACGGAGGGAGAGGGAUGAUUCGAUAAGAGAUGAAAGGGAAAGGAGUGCGAUUAGGACGGGGGAUGGAAGGGGUGGGAGGAGUGAGGGGAGGAGUGGGAGGAGUGAGAGGAGCAGUACGAGGAGCAGUAAGAGUGGGAGUGGGAGGAGUGACGAUGCGGACAGUGAUUAUAGCGGGAGUGGGGCGGGGAGUGUGAGGUAUUUUCCGGAAAGAGGGGGGAGCAAGAAGAGACCUACUUGGAUGGAGGAGGAUGGGGAUGACUUUUUCGAAGAGGAGGGAGAGGAGAGAGAGGAGAGAGAGGAGAGAGAGGAUGGAGAGGAGGGGGAGGAGGAUGGGUUUGAGGGAGAGGGGAUGGAGAGGGGAGGUGGGGAGUGGCGCGGUCAACAGACGCGUCAAAGGCAGAUUCAGUUCGAUCUGCCGUCCGCUAGCCAGAACAGAGAGGGGGGACGAGGGGGUUAUCAGCCGAGAGUGAGAAACGAGGGACAACGAGCUGGAAAGGGGGGAGGAAGAGGAGGAGGAGAAAGGAGGAUUGGGAGAGGGAGGAGAGGGUCGGGCAGGUCAAGUGGAAGCAUGGAUUCGGUCCCUGAGGGAGAGUGUGAGGACGAGAGAGAGAGUGAGGAUGAAGGGGAGUGGGAGGAUGAGGGGAGUGACUUGGACGAGGCAGGGUACACAGAAGAAAGGGUGCUGCUGGGGGAAGGGGAAGAGGGUGGUUACCACAAGGGUGGUAACCAGAAGAGUGGUUACGAGGAGGAGGAGAGGCGGCUGUCGGAUGUGUCACUGCAGGGAGUGAAAGGGGAGGCAGGCUCGCCUGCUCCCAUGCCGCCCGCCCAGGCUUCAUACUCUGCUGCUUCUAUUGUUCCUGCUGCGUGUGGUGGUGCGGCUGCUGCGGCGGCUGCUGCUGUGCCUGGUGGUGGUGGUGGUGGUGCCGCUGAGAGUGGUGCUGAGAGUGGUGCUGGUGAACUGGAGCGUAGUGAGACGCUGGCAGAGAGGCAGCGGCGGCUGUACCUCACGUCCCCCUCCUUCGCCUCCAUUCUCAACCAGGUGGAUGAUGAGAGUGAUGGGGAGGAAGGGAGGGAAGGGGAGGGAGAGGAGGGGAAGCGAAUGGGGGAACCAGCAAGAGUAGUGGUAUCUGCAGCGUCUCGGGCAGCAGCUGCUGCUGCUGCUGCGGCAGCGGCGGUUGGUGCUGACAGUGCUGCUGCUGGUUCUAUUGCUCUUGAUGGGGGCAUCAGGGUGAGUCCGUUCGGGGUGGGGGUUGAAGGGGCAGGAGGGGGAAGGGAGACGGAGGGCCCGUCUUUGGCUGACGCGUUAGAGGAGGAGAAGCAGCGGCGGCUGCGGCUGGUGUCGCCCUCGACUACCAGCAGCAGUGCUGGCGGGGGCGACCUGUCUUUCGACCUCUCUGCUGCGCACCGAAACUCGCGCUCCACUUGCUCCCUGCCCUCCCCAGUUGCCGCCUCCCCCAGAAGCACCUCCCCCGAUGCACUCUUCCCCCGCCCUAGCUCCCCCUGGCACAGCAGAAGCUGCUCUGCUGCUUCCGCUGAGCUCUCCCCGCGCCUGUGGGGGGAAGGGCGGGGGGGGAGAGGGGGAAGCGGGGGACGGGGGGGAGGAGUGCCGGGGGGAAGGGGAGGAGGGAGAGGAGACAGGGGCGAUGGAGGGGGAUGGGAGAGAGUGGCGGGAGUGGGGGUUGCGCGGAUGGGGGGUGGAGGGGAUUGGGAGAGGGGGAGGGGUGGAAGCAACGAGGACAUUCGUCUUGCUGGAAGAUUCUCAAGAAGCAGGGAGCCGUCGCCGUCCAAUAAGGGGCUGCCACGUAGCAUGAGUGCAACAGUGGUGGGAAGCAGGAGCAGGGAGGCAUCCCCUGGGGAGGCUGGUGCUACUGGUACUGGCACUAGUGGCAGGGGAGAGGGGAGGGAGGGAGAACAGGGAGGGCAGUGGGAGCAGCGGGAGCGCAGUCAGCAGCAUAUACGUGCGAGGGGAGGGGGCUCCCUGGGGGGGUUCACCUCUCCUUUGCCGCGUGCUGCUACUGUGGACGGCAGCAGCAUUCCCAUUAGGAGCAGGGUCAGCGUUGCCACCGAUGCUGCUACUGCAGCCGGGACACAUGACCGCGCAAGGCCCAGGGUCCUUCUAGGCUCAGCCGUGCAUGAUGGAUACGCCGUGGGUGCAGCAGCAGCUGGCGCGCAUGGGCACAGCACAGCGGCCGCUCUGAUCAGCCCGCGGGAAGUCCGCAUGCAGGGGCAAGGGGGGCACAGCUCCCGUCCGAUGCUCGGUCCUCUCUCUCAGGGUGCCCCGCAGGACGGCCACAUGCCUCUCUCCCCGCACCUCGCCCUGCCACAAUCUCCGCACCUCGUGCAGCCUCUGGCUCGUGUGCCGGAGAGCAGCAGUGCAGAGGAGGGCGAUGGGCCGUUCAGUGUGCGGGGGACACAGGGCGGCCGGGUGGGAGUGCAGGUGGGAGGGCAAGUGGGAGGGCGGACAGGAGGGCAAGGGGGAGGGUGGACAGGUGGGCAUACGGGAGGGCGCGGGCUGACACCGCAGGGGGGAGCGUUUCGGAGGAUGCACAAGAGCAUGAGCGAAGGGGGUGAUGGCACGUCGCUCGUUCCGGGUCCGGGGGUUAAUCUGCGGCAUUUUGCCAGUGCUGCUGACGUGGCGGAUAGUGACGUGGAUGGUGGUGACGUGGCAGGGGGUGUAUCGCCAGGUGGGCGCAGGCUGCAGAGGAGGUACACGUCAGACGUGGAGAGGCAGCGACAGCGGCAGGAAUGGCAGCAGCAGCAUCAAGUAGUAAGAAGGACAGGCAGUGGGGACGUGAGUGGUAGCAUGAGUCCCAGAAGCAACUCCAGUGAAAACGCAGUUGGAGCGGGAAGGGGAGUGAGGCCAAUAGGAGCGCCUGCUGGUGCUGCUGGGGCUGCUGUGGCUGGUGGGGUUGGUGCGGGUAGUGGGGGGAGGCGGCUGGCUAGACACCAAUCAGCCGAGACCGAGUCGCUCAACCGGCCAAUCAGACGCGGCCACGCGGCAUCUGUGGAUUUCUCCCCUCCUCGCAGCCCGCUUUCCAGAAUGGCCCACUCUCACUCUGUUGACUACUCGCCCCCUCACUCCCACCAGCACUCUCACCUCACACCUGAGCCUGAGAAUGCCACAGGGGAAAUUGACCUCUUCCCUCAUAAUAGUCACCAUCCAAGGUCCCAAAGCAGCAGCAUCAGCGAUAUAUCCGAUGCUCCUCACUCUGCUGUUGGUGUUACCGCUGCUGCUGCUGCUGCUGCUGCUGCUGCUGCCGCUGCUGCUGGUCCGUCCGAAAGCCGUCACCUUCGUCCCCCCAAGCUUUCCACCAAAGCAUCCCCCUCCGCCUCCCCCAUCACCUCCCCCAACGAUUCCCCCUCCCCCUCCCCCGUGCCGCGAAGGGACGCCCCUUCUAACCCUCCUGCUGUGGGGGAGGGUCAAGGGAAGGGCAGCAGAGGGCAGGGAGGAAGCUUCAAGGAAGGCUCCUCGCAGGUGCAGAUGAGAAGCAAGCAGCCGCAGAGGUUCAGCUCGUCCUCUUCUGCCUCCUCUGCAGGUCAUUCUUCAGGUGCUUCAGGUGGCAGUUCAGGUGGCAGUUCAGGUGGCGGUUCAGGUGGGCCACGAACGCCCACCCGCUCCUCUUCGACUUCUAGUGCUGCUGCAGCCCCCCAAGCCCAUGGAAGCACACCCAAAACACCAACUCGAACCUCCUCCUCUGCAUCCACCGGAUCUGCUCAUAACGAGGAUAAAGGCAGGCCCAAAACGCCCACUCGUAUGCCCUCUUCUGCUUCUGUUGGGACUCCUUAUAGCGGGGAAAAGGAAAAGCAUUCUACGGGUGAACCGAGAGUUAAGACUCCUACCCGCAUGCCGUCCUCUGCUUCCACUGGGUCUGCUUAUAGCGAGGAUGUGCAAGCGUCAGGCAAAGGCAGGCCUAAGACUCCUACUCGCAUGCCGUCCUCUGCUUCUACUGGGUCUGGCUAUAACGGGGAUAACAACCCUUCAGGUGAAAGGAGGUCCAAGACUCCCACCCGAAUGCCGUCUUCGGCCUCCACCGGAUCUGGUAGUGGAUCUGCUUAUAACGAAGCACAAGUGCGACCCAAAACGCCAACUCGCACCUCCUCUCCUGCUUCAGCAUCCUCCUUACAAGACGACUUGCUUGAAGACGAUGCAGCUUUAGAGGAGUUACACCAGUCGUUUUUCCGCGCCAAGGGGAAAAGAUUCCUGGAAAAAGCAAUGAAGGGGUUUAGUAAGCUCGUGGGAGGAGGGGUGGGAGCAGUAAACAUUCUGGGAGGCGAGUAUAGGGAUGUAGGGGCGUCGUAUGCGGUGCAGAUGGAUAAGGAGCUUGGGUCGGGACAGUUUGGCGUGACACGGGUGGCGGUGUGCCGAGCGACUGGGGAGAAAUUUGCAUGCAAGACAAUCAACAAGGCUGCUCUGAAGAGCAAGACAGACGCAGACGAUGUGAGGCGCGAGGUGGCUAUAAUGGAGAUGCUUAAAACGCACCCCAAGGUGGUGCAGCUGAAGGAUGUCUUUGAAAACGAGCAGGCCGUCCACCUAGUAAUGGAGCUGUGUUCGGGCGGCGAGCUGUUCGAUCGAAUCAAGGAGCGGCGGCGGUACAGCGAGAGGGAGGCGGCGGUGGUGAUGCGCGCGGUGCUGGGCGUGCUGCAGAGCUGCCACCAGCGCCACCACGUGGUGCACCGCGACAUCAAGCCCGAAAACAUCCUCCUCGCCCACCCCUCCUCCCACACCGACGUGCGCGUCAUCGACUUCGGGAUCUCCGCCAUCCUCAAGCCAGGCUCCAAGCCACUCUCAGAUUUUGUCGGCUCACUCUACUACGUCGCCCCAGAGGUGAUCGAAGGCUCUUAUGGCUUCCCAGCCGAUGUGUGGUCGGCAGGCGUUGUCUUAUACGUGCUGCUGGCCGGCAUACCUCCUUUCUGGGCCAAGACAGAAGCCGAUGUGACCAAGGCGAUUCGGGAGGGCAAGGUGGGGUUCCGGGGCGCUGUGUGGAGAAAUGUGUCAGAUGCGGGGAAGGAUUUGAUUCGCCAGCUGCUGACGCACAACCAGAAGAAGAGAAUUACUGCUCGUGCUGCACUCGGUGUUCGACGGGCACAACGGCACGGCGGCCGCCAUGCAAUGCAAGAAGGAGCUGCUGGGGUUCGUGAGCGAGUACUCUCCAAUCAUCCCCACCACUCCUCCCCAUUCCUCCCCACCUCCUUACCCUGCUUCCCCCGCUCGCCCGCUCCUUCCCCUCCACCAUCCGCUCAGGUGUUCGACGGGCACAACGGCACGGCGGCCGCCAUGCACUGCAAGAAGGAGCUGCUGGGGUUCGUGAGCGAGUACCUGCCGGGGGGGGCGUCGUACCGAGAGGACGCGGGGGAGAAGGGCGAGGAGGCCGAGGUCACGAGUCAACCGCGCGACGGGGAAGGCGCGGCUGUGUUGGAAAGUGGCGGCGGCGGCGGUGGCGGUGGCGGAGGCGGAGGCGGGGGAGGGAGGGAUGCGUGGUUGAAGGCACUACCGAUGGCGCUGGCCGAAGGGUUUCUCAAAUGCCACAACACGUUUGCCCUGCGCGGCCAGCCGUCAGGGGCGACAGCAACGGUGGCGAUCGUGUCGGGAUGGACGGUCACAGUGGCAGCCGUGGGGGACUCGCGAGCCAUUCUGGACACCACUGGAGGGGGCGUAACGCCGCUCUCCCUGGACCACCGAUUCGAAGUCUCCGAAGAUGAGUGCAACAGAGUGCUCAAGGAGGGCGGCCAACUCGCCAGGCUUCGGACCUUCGAUGGCACGCAGCUGGGCCCGCUGCGCAGCUGGCCGGGAGGGCUGUGUGUGUCGCGGUCGAUAGGCGAUGUGGAUUGUGGGACGUUCAUCACACCGCUGCCGCAUGUCAAGCAGAUUCAGGUCCCUCAAGCGGGAGGCAGGGUGGUGAUGGCGUCAGACGGGUUAUGGGACGCAGUGGACUCAGACAAGGCCGCCAGGCGAUGCAGAGGGCUGCCCUGCACCGCUGCUGCGCCGUUGCUAGUCAAGGAGUCCAUAAAGGCCAAGGGUCUCAGGGACGACAUCACAGUGCUAGUGGUCGACCUGCUCACCGCCGCUGUUGCCGCUGACCCCUCCGCCUGCCCCGUGCCCAAGCCGCCCGGCUCCAAGUCCUUCUUUGCCAAGUUCGGGAGCAAGAGCUAUUCCAGCUAUCUAUCCAAGUCCAAGAAACUAAACUCCCUGCCACCCACAACCCCGACCCCAAGCGGCGCCCCGCGCAACCCCUGGGAUCAACGCGUCCCCUUUAUAAUGAACGACCACGACUCCAUAAGAGGCGGCGACCUCUUUGAGCGGUACCAGAACAGCUCGGUACACUCAGCAGGGAAUUUCUGUGCGGUUUGCGGGGAGCAGAUUGAUAACUCGGAGAAUGCAGAGGCGAGUGUCCGAGCAGGGAAUAGAAUGUGCUCGCGGCAUGCUAAAUGUGGGUAG